GCGCGGAGGAUUUGAGUUUUGUUUGAAUGACUUAAGCCAAACGACGACGACACGACAACAACGGUGUUUUUAAGUUUUAGCAAUGUAGAAAUGGCAGCUUCUUUUAACCGGUCGGGACCAUCGGACUUAGAAACAUCAUCUGUAAACGACCAAUCGGUGUCCAGUCGAAGCAGUAACAGGAGUGUAAGAGUCGCAGAAAAGGAGAGGAGAAAAAACGAGGCGGAGGACCCGGUGGUUCUCGCCCUUAAGUACUUCAACGACGGUAAGACCCCAGCGAAAAUGCGUCGAUAGCAGAUGGUAGCAUUGCUGUUACAAGCUUGCCUAUUUCCGUCGUUUUACACAAGAAAAAAUGUUAAAACCCAAAGGCCAGUGCACACUUUCUGACUUUACUGUUGUUGGAUUGGGUGGGUUGAACAACAAUGACUUCAAGUGUUGCUUUUUGGCCUAAAACACAAGUCCAGCCCUGAAAUCCAGUUAGCAGCUCAUUACAAACAUCGUAACAAAAGCUCGACACCUCAGGCUCUUAUUUUGACAGACCCUAUGAAAAUUCAAUUCAAAUACAAUCUUGACAGAAAUUGCAUUUUAGAUGUUCAUUAAAGUCAUUUAAACUCACGGCCAUAAAGUCGUACUUACAGUCAAGGAGUACUUCACUGUAAGUACGACUUUCUGAAACUUUACACCAACCGGCCAUAACAUUAGGAACACCCAGUCGAACAAAUUUACGUACUAUUCACUCAGGUCAAUUCUAAGCUUAAUGCUUAGACUAUAAAUUAUGAAUAAAGACGCAGUGGGCGUUGGUAGUCUACUGGAAUGGGUUAAAUUGAGUGAUGUACCUUUUAUGGAAAUUGUAGAAACAGCUUUCAUUACAACACACUCCAGUACACAACCAGCAGCUACUACAACUUUAACAAUUAGUUUAAAGAACAGCUAUCACCUGACUGAACUUCUGUCUGUUUACUUAUUCUGUUCAAAAUUCAAUUUUAAAAGUGGCCAGCAAUAUUAUAACCUGACAACUGGAUUGCUUAUACCAAAAGUUAGUUAUCUUGGGAAAAAAAGUCUUUUGAUAUCGAGAUAAAAGGGACGUCACUGUGUAAUCUUAAAAUGACAGCUGAACACGUAAGACUGACAAAAGGGAUGUCAUUUGCCCAAAUGUGAUGUUGUAUACAGCAAGAAUGUUCAUUUUAAAACAUCAGAUUAUAUCUCUGUUAUAUUUAACCACUGUAGCUGUCUUGUGUCAAAGCAGCUUUACAUGGUUACUUAAAGGGAUAUUCCGGUGUAAAAUUAAUUUAGGGUCAAACACACUGUAACACCGAGUUAGACACACCCUUGACAGAUGAAUGUUGCCGACCACUUGCUUCUCUUGUUAAACCAACUUUAGUAACAAACACAGGAUAGCGAUACACAGCGGUCUGAGGAGCCAUAAACAAACCUCAACCAAAACACCACUCUAUAGCCACAAAUAAUGCUCAGAACAGCACCUAACUUCAUCGACAGUACAUAUAGGGUCCCAGCCAUAGUACGAGACACCAAACAUCUUCUUAGCUUUGCCUGAUUUCUUUAGCAAAGAGACCAAACACAACUCACCCACUCUCCUCCAGCAGCCGCUUGUUUGUAGUGAGACCUCAAGCCAGUCCAUAACGGACUACAGCGGGGUGACGCAGUUCAAGGAAGAAUAUUUAUGAUCAUUUCUUUAUCAUUUCCUUAAAGUAAUAAUCAUCAUUUUUAUCAUUUUGCACUGCAGACGCGGUAGUUCUUCUGCCUCAACGUCUCGGUUUGAUUGCAUUUCCAUGAAGAAAUGAUCAUAAAUGUUCUUCCUUGAGCUGCGUCACUCCACUAUAGGGCAAAACUUCUAGAUUUUGAUAAAUAUUACAUGCUGGUGUAAGUUUCAGUGCAGGGCAUAGUGCUUCACCGGUCAUUAAAAACCCAUGAGCUCAACAAAAUUAUUGCUCUCAUCCUCACUUCUAAAACAGAAAAUUGUAUAUUUAUAUAUAGCGAGACUUCCACUGUGAUUUUUAGUGAUGCAUGUACUGACCCAUUCAUAUUUCUUUCUUAUUUGAAACUAUCCCCCCUACAUGAGCGUGAGCCAGGUUACAGGGUGAUUGUUUCAGGAGAUUGUCAUUUUCACCACAAUAAGCUCAUUAACUUAACUUAACUAUGAAAAAGGAGUUGUCUGUACUUAUUCAGUAUGUGUUGAACUGAUGAAGUAAAACCUACCCUCACCAGUGUCACCUCUCUUCUCUGUAGUUGAAGCAGGUACUCCUGUGAACGGGAAUGAUGAGGUGGAAAAACAACUUGUGCUGGUGGAGAAGGUGGGCUACAGCAGAGGACUCUCCCCAGAUGCCAUCUCUGUCAUGCUGGAGUUUGCCAUGAGCCUCCGUAUGGGUAAGAUUCUGGCAGCAGCUGUGAACUGCGGGUUUAUCAUGGUGUUUCUAACAAAGGAAAUGAGAAUGACAACAAUCCAUUAUUUUCUUCUUUAGUCCAGGUAAGACACUUGAGAUGUUUUCCCUGGUUCAGGAUUGGCUUGUUAUGAGGAGUAAGACAGUUGUAGUCCCUUUUCUGAAGACCAGCCUCUGUCCCCUCUCCAAAGGUCCUAAAUCAACUUUUUGACAAUCUUCCCAAGGCUGUGGUCACCCCUCUUGCUACUACAUUUUAUCUCCAGUCAACUUUUAAUUCAUGUGCUGUGACACAGGUUUUUGCUCACAGGAGUGACCCUUUUUAGGAGGGUGUCAGUGCUUGUCUUUGGGACAGUUAUCAAGUCAGCAGCCUUUUUCAUGAUAAUAGUUGCAUGUUCUAAUGUCCACUAAGAGAAACAUGGUGUUUAAUCUGUUUGAAAAGUCACUAUGUCAGACUCAAAAUGAAAUAUUGUAUUUUUUGUAUUGUUUUGUAGGAUUAAGAAGUUUGAGUUUUUUUAGCUGUUUGCCAUGAUUAUUAAAAAUUCAGAUAAAAAGCUUGAAAUGUUGUAGUUAAUGUACAAUAUGUUCAGAAGAAAUCACAUGUUCAAUACUGUGAAUAACUGGAGAGAAAAAAAACACAAUUUUCAUUAAAUUUAAAUUACUUUUAGAUCUGCACCUGUGGUGGUUCGUCCUCUUGCUUAGCUGAUCCUGCCCUUAAGUGUUUCAGGUUGAAAAAUCUAUUUUAUCAGUCAAAACUUUACAAAACUAAUCUUUGGUAAAGGUAAAAAAUACAAAAAGCUGUUUAGACAAUGGACUGUUUAUGGUGUUGUCUGACACAAACCUGCAAAGUUUUCAAAGGUUUCUCUGAUUUUGUUAAUGUGAAUCACUCUUUCCCAGGAACCACUCUCUGCCCCAGAGUGCUGAAAUGUUUGAUCCCUGCCACGACAGUGCCACAGGAGGCUGUAGUUCGAGCCGUGGUUUGGCUGGGUGUAGGAAAAAUACCUGCAACAACACAGGUAAACACAAAUAUUUUAAGCUGUUAAGAAUUUUGUAUCUUCUGCAGUUACUUGUUGACUCAUGUUUGGGUGUAACUGUAUUAGCCCCGACUCAUUAUCAAUUUACUUUUCAUCAACAAACGACAAGAUUUGUAUGAAGAAAAAAACAAAUCUUUCUUAAGUUUUUUAUAAUUAUCAGUAACAGAAAUUUGAUCAUAAAAAGCACAUUAGAAAUGGAUGUUAUACAGUAUUAAAAAUACUAUGAGAUGAGUACAUGUUAGAUGUGAAUGUGUGUGUAAUUGUCAACAUUAUACCUCACUAAAACCUGUUUUUGUGUUUGUUUGUUUUUUUUUUGCUUGUAAAUUGUUUCAGGUCCUUUUCGUUAAGUGGGUGUUGACUGUAUUUGACAUGAUUGAUGAAAAGGAUCAGCUCCGUGCCAUCUACGGCUUCAUCUUCAACUUUGUCACAGAUGAAAAUCUGGUAUGUGUCACAUUUGUGAACACUCACUGUCCUCUUAUUUCAUUUUGUUUUUUGUCGAUGAAGCAGAUAUUUAAUGUUAAACACCACUGAAAUGACAGAAACAAUGGAAACAAUGCUAAUGAAUUAAAAUAAAAGGUAAUGAAAACUUGUUAAUGUGCCAUAUAAGUGCAGAUAAGUAAAAUGACGAUAUCACUCAUUAUGUCUAGUGCAGAAAUUACAGAUCUGCUACCAGGUUCUAGUCAGCAUUCAGACCCAAGGGAUGCCAAUCCAGCUAUCUCGUAUUAAAGUGAAACAAGUUCCACUGCUUUACCUUCAGGUUUAUGUUAUUAUAUUUGAAAAAAAUAAUGUCUUCUCUCUAAUGUGAAAUUCAAUCUACCUUAAAAUUCUGAGAUGUGAAGCUUUCAUUUUUAAUUAUUUUUUUCCAGUGCCCUUUCAUCUGUCAUCUGUUGUACCUUUUGACCAGAAAGGAGAGUGGUAAGUCAAACAUCUACAAGCUUUAAAACAUGAGCCACAUUUUCCCUUCUAUUUUUAUCCAUGAGUUUCUGUAUGUUGUCGUCUCAUUUUUUUCUGCCAACAUUAUUGACUGGUUAUCUUGUUCUUCCUGCUAUCAUAGUACGAGUCUUCAGAGUCAGGAAGCUACUGGAGCUGCAGUCUAAACUGGUAAACAUCCUGUGCCCUUAAAGCCAUUUAUCAAAGCCGCAACAUCAUUUCUUUUUUCAGAUUGAACGUCUACUGUGGGAUCAUUUUCUACACUCAUUGCAUUAAUUCCAUUAACUGUAACCCUUUUCACAUCGCUGGUUAUCAUCACAUUCUCCUUUGUUAGAACACAUCAAUCCAAAGAGGGAGAUGAUGGGUACAUGUGCCGAAUCCUGAUAGGUUUUUUUCUUUGUUUCAGGGAAGGCAGCCAUUCCUCCUGCAUCUUCUGUCACUGUAUAAAGUCUUUUGCCCUGAACUGGUGACACUCUCCAUCCCAUCACGAAUGAGGGUUUGUACAUGAACCAUGCAGCACUUACUGGAAUAUUCAUAUCAACAUAAUCUGUAAAGCACUGAGAGAGGUUUCACUUUACUUCUUUUACAGAGUGGGUUUAAGAACCACACUUCUCCCUGGAAAUCAGCAUUAUUGUUUGUCCAGAAGAGGAACGGGUCCCAGGUGUCGUCCAACGUCAGUCUAGCCGUCACAGUUAAAGAUAAGACCAGCACCAGGAAAAGGGUAAGGAGGCCUGCAGGUUUCAGAUGUGUCUGUAGUGUCUCGCCUCAUAUAGUCAUUCCUUCUGCCAAUGUAUCUCAAACUUUUCAUAAUCCUCACCACUAUACUGGCAUUAACGUAACGGUGUAACCUGAAGUUACUUUUAGAGGAAAAACGAUUAUAAUCACUCUGCUCUGUGUGGAAGCCCCGAGAGGCAAGUGAGGGGAGAAAAUAUGGUUAUCUGUAUUUUAAAGUAUUGUCCUUUUCCCUCCUGGGUAGGGGCUGAUUUGGAUACUUCCUUAAAAACCUUUUAGUUUUUUAUCGUAAUUGAUCUCACCAAAACUUUUUUCAAUGAUUAUCAGAGAUUUAUCAAAUUACCUCUGAAUUUUCUGAUCCGCAAUUUCCUCAAUCUUUAUCAAAAUUUAAUAAAGAAGAAAUUAAAAUGGAUUACCCUAGCAAAUACUUUUUAAAAUUAUUUCCUCAUGUUGGAAGUUUGGAAGAUUUAGACCAGACUUUUUUUUCCCUCACAUCUGUCACUCUGAUCGUGUAGGUCACACAUUGUACAAAAUGCUGAAUAUUUAAAGUCAAAAGAAGUCUACUAUAUUUAAUCAUCUGCUGUAUUUUAAUCUCCUCUCUCUCUUAGAAACAUCACCACCUGGAGUUGCCAAAAUUGAGUUCUGUUGUCAAUAAACCAGCUCAGACUGAGACGUCCUCCAGCAGAAAGCUGGUCCCCCUGACGCAACUCCACUCCUUUGCUCAGCUGCUGGAAAAUAUGCACCGUAUUGAGGUAAUUUCUCCAAGGUCUCAUAGAGAACUUCUUCAACUCUACUCAGCCUCCUCAGUUCAGCUGAGAGUCCCACAAACUCGGCACAGCUGGACUAGGAACAGAUGGAAUAUCAUUCAUCCAUAAGAUAAUUUAUCAUCUAAGCAGAUGAAAGAAGUGCAUUUUAGUUUCUGAAUGGCAUUCGGGGAUAAAAUAAGUCUGUUUGAAUUGUGUUGUAUCCUGAUAACCACUGGAUGGUGCUGUGCCACUGCUGCAAAUCUUCCAGAGAAAAACAGAGCACACGUGGCUCGAGGCUGUGACUGCUUUAUUAGAUUAGAGCACAAACCAGCUCCACGGGCACAUUGUUAAUCAUUUCUUUUACACAGGCUCUUGUUCUUUUACGCUGUUGUUGUCAGUUGUUUAUCCAUCUUUUACGAGUGAAGAAAGCAAAAGGCUGGAGAUGAUGUGUAUCUGAGCGAUGCACUGGAAGAAGUUCCCUAACAUUUGGACAUUUACAGAGGAGCUACUCUAUAAAUGUCUAUUUGUCCUGCAGUUUCAGUGUCCUGAUAAACUAAUAUAAGUCUUUUCAAACGGCUGGCAGACUUUAUGGGUCAUGCUACAUAAAUUCACCUCUUUCACCAACCGCAAAGCCAACGUGCGCAAUAAGGCUGUGAAUGGCGGCGACAUCAUCAUGUGUCUUUAUUGCAGGGCAACCUCGUGUGCCUGAAAAGACAGAUGAGUGCAGUCAAUCACACUCAUAAAACUAUUCAGGAAAAGGCGUCGACAAAAUGAUCAUUGAUUAUUUUCCUCAUCGCGCCGCACUCCAGUUGUCAAAAGCUGAAUGGAGCUUUCUCUGUUUAAUGAUACACUUCCUCGGUAAUUAUUGAAGAACUGAGCUGUGUCCAUUCUCAGUCUGUCUCCUCCUCAUUCCAAUUUAUUUAUUAUCCUGACAAACUCUCCAUAUUGGGAGGCAGCUGUUCACGCACAAUGAGGGACGGAAUAAACUGUCGUGUGUAAUGGGAGAAAUGUCCUGGCGCUGGCAUUAUGUGGAUUACUGGAUGCUGCUGGAGUAGUGGAUUUUUGGCUCACUCAGUCAACACAAGGACAUGAACAUCAGUUUGUUCUUGAGCAGGUUAUCAGAUUGAUAAGAAACAAACUUGGAAGAACAAGUGAUGCACCUUUUUGAGAAGGUGGUUUGACUUCCUUGAUAGAUUCCUCUUCGAUCUGCUUACAACUUAUAAGGAGUUUCUUUUUUAUGUGGUCUUUUUUCUUCAUAUUUUCUCCACCAGCUGCCUUCUCAGAUGGGCUCUUUGCUGGGCUCCAGCAUGGCUCUGCACUACCUGGACUGUGUACAGGAUGAGUCUGCCCUCCUACGGCUCAACUUCUGGCUCGGCUACUCUCUCCACGAAGGUAAGGGAGGAGGGAAGAAGCAAGCAACAGCUGUGACACUGUCUCUGAGGAAGACUCCUCCAAAGCAAACCUGACCCUGACUUGAACCCUAACACAUAACCCAGUUGGCAUAUCAAAGAGGUUCUUUGAGAGUAGGCUCUUCAAGAGGCUGAGUGGGUGGGGGGGCUCUCACUGUGUGGGGACUGAUGAAGCAAAUUGCAAAUCCUCUGUUUACCUCUUAUUCCCUUGGCUUUCUCAGUAACUUAAAUUCUCCCUUUUUCUAUUUCUGUUAAGAGUUUUUGUUCUGCAGCGAUGGAGGAGCGUCUCAGUAUUCAGAGGAAGUUCUGCAGUUUUUGAACAGGUUGUUGUCUACACAGCACUUCCUCCAGGUGAGCCCAAACUCUCAGCCUGCACUCACACUUAUUGGUUUAAAGUUUCACUCAUUUGUUCAUGCACCGUGUCCACACAACAACAGCUUUUUGUUAUGUUGAAAAUAUGGAACAUUGCCCUGGACCCUUAAGAUGGAAAAGCUUGUGAUAAGAUAUGAUGCUUGAGGGAUUAUAAGCUUUCUCCAAGACUUUGAAAACAAUGACAAAGGUUGCGUUCAUACUGCAGGUUAUGAUGCACAAUUCAAGAUUUUUUGUUAAAUCCGAUCUUUUUGUGCGGUUGUUCACAUUACAACAACAAAUGCGGCAUCAAAUGUGAAUGGAAUGCGUCCAUGAAGUGACCUGCAUGCGCACAAAGCACAAAUUGCUUUCCGCGCCUGUUUAUGUUGUCGAACAAUGGUGACGUUUGUCGCAUAUUGAUGACGUAUAGGUCGGAUGAACACGCCUGAGCGUCCACACUGCAGUCACAUAUCGGAUUUAUAUCCACAUACUAAAGAGGCCUGGGUUGCAUUUGAUAAAAUCAGAAUUGCACUGUUCACACUUAUAUGAAAAAAUCAGAUUUGUGUCACAUAUGGUUAAAAAAUCGGAAUUGACCUGCAGUGUGAUCACAGUCUAAGUAUGACACACAUGCUUUCUGUCUGAUUUGCCAAAACCACAGACCAUGAAAUAUGGCACAACCGCUUCCCAAGAGUGAAACCAAAAUGUUUAGAGCUCCACCUGGUGGCUGGCUGUAAGACAGGUCAAAAAGCCAGCCUCUUCCAUUUUAACAGAUAGGAUUCAAACUGGAAACAUUAAAAUUCAUGUCAAAUACAUUUUUUCUCAGCCAUUCUUUGUGUCCCAGGAAUAAGUUCCUCUGGUGAUUUAAAUGUCUGUUCACUUUUUGGAGAAGCUAAGUUUAAAUUAGCUAUUUGUUCAAAUGAAUAAUUGACAGCUUUGUUGAUAAUUGGAGUAGAUGCAGGUGCGUUGUCUAAAAUAAAGUACAGUCAAUGGUCUAAUUAAAUGACACCGACUAGUAAUUUUAUUUACUUUAUCUAAACAUAUGGAUCAUUUUGACCAGGUGGCAUGCAUAUAAAUAAAGAGAGAUCAUUUCUAAAGUAGGAGUAGUAACUGUUCUAUAUUGCCACUUGGAGAUACUGGUGUUGUGCAUGUCACCUUGGGCCUCUCUUAUCCAACCCUCACACCUGUCAUUCAGUACUUCCUGUAUUCAUCAGCAUUCGCCCACAUGUUCAGCUGACACCUGCUUAGAAACUGGAAUUAAAUCCUGAUUUCACACACACCUUCCUCCAUCAGGAGGGCUUCUCCAGCUCGGAGGCUUUUCUCUACAAAUUCCUCACCGUUUGGGACGGCGCGCUCUACCGCCCGGAGAUCCUCGGCUUGCUGAGCAACAUCCCCGUCAUCCCCAGCUCCCGUGAGUUUCGUUUGUUUGUGUGUUCAUUCUCUCCUUAGCGUUUGUUUCUGUCAAACAUGCAGCGCACGCACAACAGUGAAACUCCACAGCAUCGUUCUCCUCUUUAGUAGAUUAAAAUGCCGCCUCGCUCCUAUGCAAUGUUAGACUUGACAUUGGAUGCAGACGGAUUUGCAUUGUGGUGCGUUGGAUUGCAAAACUUGAAAAACUAACCACUUCUGUCUCCUUCACUUCAGAGAUAGGACGUCUUCUCUUUGAGCCUCUCAUGCAGCUCUUCUUUACAUCCUCCCUCUUUUUCAAGGUGGGUUUACCGCUCUCUCUGAGACAGGAGUGAAAUGAAUUUGCUGGUGCUGCUCUACUUGAAUUACAAAAACCUUCCGCUAUGAGUUAAUAGAGAAGACUAAUAGUGUUUGUUUUGUAUUAUACAGCAGUUAUUAUGGGUCCUUUAUUUGCUUAGUGUUGAAAUUAGUGUGCUUCGUCAUUUUCCUUUUGUUGUGUGUGUAUAUGUGUGUACAGUGUGGACUUAUAGAGUGUCUGAACAACAUGCUGUUGAAGUGGCUGACCUGGCACUCAGUGUAUGCUCUGGAGGAUGAUCUGGACAUCAGCCUUCACAGCCACACCUCCAUGUGAGUCUCGCAUCUACUCGCCGUAUCUUGUUUACGCCCUGAGCACAAAUAAGCAACAGAUCUGAAACACUUUGUUUGUUACUGGAGCGAGCAAGGGUCAUCGCUCUUCAAGCUUUUACUUUCAGUCAGAGAAAUGCUUCCUCAACUCUAAUCAGUCUCUACAGAUUUAAUCAGUGUUUGGAUGUUAGCUGGGUUUUAUUCCCUGUGGGUUCGUGUAAUGAAAAACCUUUAUAGGUGUCACGGGUCAUCGACAAAAUCUUGUUACAUUAAAAAGCUUAAAUGGUCUAUUAAUUUAAGGUGUUGCCUAAUUUUGGUUUGAGUGAAGAACUUUCCAAAAUAUCUAGUUUUAUUGGAUAAAAAGAUAAACUGUGUCUUGAACUUCAUGCUGGUCACGCAGGAACUUUUUGCCUCGGCCUUCUAUUAAACACGCACAACCAGAGCAACUAAGGUAGAAGUGCGUAUUGAUAAAUUUCCCCUCGCGGUUUGUAGCCCAUUUAUUCAUCAAAUCCUUUAAAUUGGAAUCCAUUGGUAGACAGAAACAGCCCUAUUAUCCAGAUAAAUGAUUUUCCUGCUACUACAGAAAAAGGCAGAGUUGGUUUUGAUUAAGUUUUAAUACCUGGGAUUCAUCAGUAUCGAGCCCUCACAUUUGUAUACCUACAAUAAAUGAUCUAAUAAGUGGAGAGAUCCAUUCUCAUUCACUCCUAUUUUUAAACUCACCUCUAGUAUUUAGUGAGAGUAAAUUUGAUUAGAAAUUAUUGACUGUGCAUUGUGUACACUUGAGAAACUUUAUUCCUGAUUCAGUGAGUGUCCUGUGAGUUAUAAUGAACAGUCUCAUGCCUAAUUUCUGAGCAUUUUCUGUGUGUCAAGGGCAAAACAGCUGACUGGUGGUACAAGUUUCACCCGGAAUCUCUCAUGGUGUUUGGUUAAAACUCUGUGACUCUCUCUUUUCCGCUCUCUGCCCCAGAAAUAUGACUCUGUCAGGGUUUAAGGAUUCGGUGAUGGAGCUGGUCCUCUUUGUGGGUCGGCUGGCUUCUGUGGGGCUUCAGCUUGAAGGCUGUCACUCUGUCCUUCUCAGCUUUGUCCUGGACUUCUACGAGACGGUAAGUGAGCCGAGAAUGAUGAUUCAGUCAGCUUUGUGACUUUGUAUUCUGGACAUGUGAUCCUCUUUGUGCAAAACAAUGUACAUACCAUUGAAGGACAGCGGUCCUCCAUGCUCACCUAAAAACUUUGGGAGUGAAAUUAAAGCUUCUGCUCAUAAAUUUUCAAUCAUAGAGUAGUUGCUUUAAAUUUUUGGUGCUAAUUUUUGAAACUUAAAGGGAUAUUCCAGUGUCAAACUAAGUUGGGGUCAAACACACCGUAACACCACGAAAAGACACACUCUCGAGAAAUGAAUGUUGCCGACCGCUUGCUUCUCCAGUUAUACCAACUAUAGUAACGACCACACGAUACCAAUACACAGUGGUCUAUGUCUCCACGUGCAAACCUGAACCAAAACGCCACUCUAUAGCCAUAAAUAAUUCUCAGAACAGCACCUAACUUCACCAACAGUACAUAUAGAUUCCCAGCCACUGCAUGAGCCACCAAACAUCUUUUUAACUUUGCCUUAUUUUUUUAGUAAAGAGACUAAACACAACUUAACCACUCUCUUCCAGCAGCCGCUUGUUUGUAGCAAGACCUUGGACGAGUCCAUCAACGACUGCAGCGGGGUGACGCAGCUCAAGGAAGAACAUUUAUGAUCAUUUCUUUAUCAUUUCCUUGAAGUAAUAAUCAUCAUCUUAAUUAAUUUGCACUGCAGACACAGUAGCGUCUCUGUCUGAUUGGAUUUCCAGGAAGAAAUUAUCAUAAAUGUUCUUCCUUGAGCUGCGUCACCCCGCUGUAGUCCACAAUGGACUACCGUUUUUUGUGUGGAAGAAUAACUCACUGCUUUUCUUUCAGAGUGUUUAUGUUUUGAGUUAUAAAACCUUAAAAUGAGGUUUCAAUUAGCUUCAUAAGAUAUGGUUUUGAUGGUUUAAAGCCACAAAGCAAAAAAGAUCAGCGGUAUGAAGUCAUAUGAAUAAAUACAUGUGUUUAUAUACAUAUGUUCAUAUAGAAACGCUCUGUAUAUUUCAAAGAAAGUCUUAAAAAAUGUGUAGAGUAAAUAAACUAAUAGUCAUAAUAACUAUUGUGCAUUAUAGGAUGCCUUUGUUCCACAUAGAAAGAGCAUUCAGGAGUAUGCAAGAAAAUUAAAGCUUUCCUCUCAAGCUUGUUACGCAGUUGAUCCGUGGGUUGUAGUUCAUUGGAAAGCAGAGCAAAAAAGUACAUUUAAUAUACUUGUCACUUUAACCCUUCUGUGGUUGUUUUUCCUCCUCUAGGCGUGCGAUACAUUUCUGAAGUAUGGACUCCCCCUGGUCUUGUUGCCUCCAUCUGGUGUCUUUUACCCUGCCCUGCUUGCCUCUGACCCUGUUAGCGUGGACAGACUGGCCUACAUCAUGUACAGGUGGAGACUUCACAUUUACCAUCCAACACCCCUCCUGAAGCUGACCACCAUGGCAACAUUGUUCACACUCUAUAUGUAGUGUGGCGUAUGUGUUUAUACAUAUUUAAUGACUGAACUGCACCGCAAUCAAACAUGACAUUAUUGGACCUCUGUGUUCAUGUGUGAUAAUGAGAGGCUAACAGGCCAUGUUAAAUUCGAGCAUCAUUUUUAACAUCCGUUUUUUAAUGGCACAAAUCUUCACAGUGACGGCUAAUUUUGAACACCCCGUGGGGCUUGAAUAAUUCAUCCCUGGCGGAGUGUAAAAAACGCUGUGGAAAAAUGGAAAAUUAAAACAUAAUUGCUUUUUAUUUUUCUGACAGAUAAUUGAAAGAAAGCUAUUUGUGCGGUAAUUCAUGUUCAAAGAGAUCAUCAGUCCUUCUCUCCCUGUCUUUGAUUCAGGUACAAAGCGAACCUGACAUCAGCCAAGAAUCAGGAAAAAGUCACAGAGGUACAAAAAAAUUAUUCUUCUUUAAUGGAAAAAUUAAAUGAAUCAUUCAGUUAUUUCUGUUUCAUUGAAACUGUCAGUCUGUAAUUUGGUCCAUUACACACACACAAAGCAUUUGACAAACAAUGUGGAGGAAAUUAUUAUUUUUUUAUGAGCGGUGAUUUGUUUGAAAAGCUAAUUUGGAGGUUAUCUCAAAUCCUGGAAUUUAAUGCAGUUCUGAGCGUCUGCUCUCUUUUCAAGUGCGACACUGUUUGUUUUGAUUUAGUCGAGGACUUUAUAAAUUUUACAUCUCUCACUGCAGGUGUUUGGGAAUUCACAAGCAUUCACCUACAAAUAACCUGUAAUACCCUCUCAGAUGAGGACUUGAAAGGUUGUUGAGUUUAAUACCUCUGCCACUGAAAGCUGUGAAUAAACAGGAACACGUCAGGCAGCCAGAACUGAUCUUUUGAAAUGUCAGAGGCACUUUUUAUUAAGGAAAAAUGGAAUGAAAUGGUAAAUGGCAUCCAAAUUAAUCAAGACAUCAGACUUGAAACUGCAGAUAUGGACGGUGGUUUCGUUCUUCAUUCCUUUUUCUGAUUUUGAUUACCGAAUCUUAUUGUUGUCGUUUUUUAGCAGGCCUUUCAUAUCAGCCGUCAAACUUUCCGAGAGUUCAACAGCUACAUCGCUGUGAUGGCGAAUUACCUGUGGAACUCCAGAGUGUUUCAUCCAGGGAUGGGAGUUCAGCUGGAGAAGGAGCUGCUACUGAAGAGUAACGUACCAGAGUACUGGACGAGCUUUGACCUCAUCCACCACCCAGCCUUCAUGAGCUACGCCAUUGACUUUCAUCGAAAGGUGAGUGUUGGCCAUGACCUUGUAGAGAAGAUGACAUAGUUUUGUCCUGAUCUUCUUGAUGAGAAGUCAAAGGUAAAACCCCCUGUGAUCCCUCCAAAGUCAGUUUUGGGCUACAACUUAAAAACUGUUGAGCUUAUCAUUGAAUAUUCCACAAACUGGUUCCAGACGUCUAAAACAAUCAAAUGUUGACUGAAUCAAAUAUGCCUAAAAAAAAAGCUCCAUUGCAAUCAUUCCCCUCCUGUUCUUGCUCAUGGAAUAUAUCAGGUCAGCCUGCAGGGGAUCUCCCUAGAUGUGCCGGUUUGGGGAUUAAGGGUGACCAGGGAUCCCAAAUUUAGCGUGGUAAAACCUGGCAUAUUUAUUUUUCUACUGUAAAAGAGAAUCUUUCCAUUCGCAAAUAGGUGAUAAUUAACCCUUUUUAAAUACUUCUUUUUGUUACUCUGUCUGCAAAAAAAUCAGAGAAAUAGACAGAUUUUCCAUUUUGCGAGUAAAUUUUUAGAGUUCCAUUGAGCACAUGAGGGGUGAACACUGACUAAAACUGUUACAUUAUCAAUAAUCGUGCUGCAUUUUUAGACGCAGCUUCUUUCCCCUGUUCCUCUGCUGUCUGCAUGUCAGAGCUUCAUUGGGACAGACUGACAUGCAAAAUUUGCAUUUACAUUUGAACACACAUAGCGACCUAAGCACCCCACUCGUAAAGGCUAUAUUGUUCUUGUUGCAGCAAUCGCUGGUUGGAUUCCCAGCCUUGACCCUUUGCUGGAUGUCUCCUCACGUUUCCUGCCUCUCUUUAGCUGUCCUAUCCAACAAAUGCUGAUUACUUUGAGUAGCCACUGUUUGAGUUUGAAGCACAAAACUGAUCACAUGUACAAAUGAAUUAAACAUCAGUAUGUUUUGAGGAUGUUUGUUGAGAAAGUAUCUUCACGACAGCCUUAAUCCUCCUUUAGUUUAGUAUGCUUCUGCACUCAGUGCUGUACUGAAAUGGACUGGUGUCUGUUUAAGGUGGAUGAUUGAUCCGUAUGCUGCCACUCCGCCCGGUUUAGUUAAUAGCCCAGCAGAGAAGACUUGAAGACAAAUGUAGUAUUAAUGUAACUUUUAUAGAAGAUACAUUAAUAGAGAAGGCCUCUUAAGUAUUAAUGUGUGCAGUAUGAGACGUGGGUUUCAUCGUGUUUAAUAAUACAAGCACCUCUUCUUGAUUCGGUCCAAACGCAACAUCCAGCAGUGAUCUUGUGAGAUUUAACUCAGUGGGCUGACAAUCAAUAUUAAUGUUGUCUCUUUCUCAGUGCUGGCCAGGGAGAAAGGACAUGGACCUCAAUUCCAUAAAGGUAUGGCAGGUCUCUUUUUCCUUCCUGCACCCACAAUCGACCUCCCGUGUAGUUUAAUUUGCAUCAGUCACACUUCAGAGAUUAAAAGAGCCUGCUUUGAUCAUGAAAAUCUUCAGAUGUCUCAGAUCUGUUUUCUUUGUGUGUGUGUUUCAGCUCUCCAAGCCGUGGGGCUGGUACCUGGAGUAUUUGUUCACACAGGGGUUCGAUGGCCUUAAACUGUUUUUUCAAGGCAAUGUCCGCCAGCAGAAGGCACAAGGCGAUGGGCAAGGCGACAGCACGCCCACACAGGCGAGGUAGACGCUCAGCUCAGCGAAGAGGGAGAACAACCCUUGGCUUCCUGCCACUUUUUUUUUAAAAAGACUUGUACAUAUUUUAACUUUCUUUGUGUUCAAAGAGUCAACAUGCAAGCUGUCGCAGUCUUCUCAUGUACAUAGAUAUACAUGUGUUUAUCUUUUAGGUCUUUUUUGUCCUUUCCUCCAACAACAGACAGUCACACUUCAGUGGUCAUCUACAAGUAGUCAGUUUAAGUUAAAACACAUUUAACAGGGAUGAUUAGGCUUAUUGCAAAAAAUGAAUAAGACACCAAAGCGACUGUAACCCACAAUAACUUGUUACAUAGGUGAGGAAUAUUUACAAUAUCUCUUCAUGUCACGAUCCACAUUUGUCUUGGCUAAAACUAAAACAGCACAAGUUGAACUUUUGUUGACACGUCUUUCAGGUUUUUGUUUUUGCAGUAAACUCAGUCAUUCCUUGUUUAGUGUCAACACUCCCACCCUUCACACAUCUCUCUUUGGCUUACUCGUUAUCGUUUCUUGUACAGCUUUUAAUCUUAAAACUUUAAACCCUGAUAUUUGCACUCUGUCAAAAAUAAAAAAGUGUGAGACGAACUGUAGAAGCAAAUAAAACCUUUUUUUCCCAGUCGCAUUUUAACUCAGCAUGCCAUAAGCUAUCUCAGGUGUCUCUUGCGCCCUAUUGUUAAUCUGAAUUCUCCUCAUAACGUUGUUGUAUAUAAUGUUGCAUAAUAAACCUCUUCUGCUACAUUUAAAAAUGUUUCAUAAAAGAGAUCAGCGUUGUCUGAAGCUAUAUAGUGACCCAGGAAUAAUGAAAUGCUUUUGUUGGGCUUCUGUUUUUAUGUUGCUGCCUUCAUAUCUCCUUUUAUAGUGAUGACAUGUUAAAAUGUCAGUAUUACUAGUGACUGGUGCACCUGAGAAUUAAUAAGAAAAAAACCAUCUAUUAUUUCUUUUAGUCAUUCACACUCUGCCCAAAUGAGAUUUAUUAAAACUUAAAUUCAGA